AUGUUGCGUUGGCAUUCGGUUCGAAGAAAACAGCACCAACAGCUACAAGCUGAGCUGUCCAGCGGAGCAGCAAGUAUGCUAUCCGCGCCGGAAUCGCGGCGGGUCAGUAGAUCUAUGAGUGUAAAAGCUCCAACAGCAGCCGAAUACAUGCCGUUACCAGUUGUUGAUAAACCUCUUACUCUCACAGUUUCUAAUUCCCACAGCAUUGAUCCAAAUGAGCCGAUCGCAGCAUUAGGAGGUCUGACUCCAACAAAAGAAGGGCGAGUUGCAGCAUUGAGAAGGAGGAGUUCUAUGGUUAGAGAUAAAUGGGCAACUAAAAUGGAGUUUCUGUUAGCUGUUGUCGGGUAUGCCGUGGAUUUGGGUAACAUUUGGAGAUUCCCCUCUGUCUGCUAUAAACAUGGUGGUGGUGCUUUUCUGAUUCCAUACUUCAUAAUGUUAAUGAUCGGAGGACUGCCAAUGUUUUAUAUGGAACUUGUCCUGGGACAAUUUCAUCGUGCUGGAUGUAUUGGAAUCUGGAGAAAAGUCUGUCCGUUGUUUCGAGGAAUCGGAUAUGGAAUAUGUUGUAUCUGUACAUUCAUAGCCAUUUUCUACAAUGCGAUUAUUGCUCAAGCUGUCUAUUUUGCGAUCGUAUCUCUUUCAAAAAUUUGGGAUUCUGAAGUUCCCUGGGCAUCAUGUGGUAAUCCAUGGAACACACCAAGAUGUUCGGAUGAUCUCAAUGUUACAAUCUCUCGAAACGGAACUCGGUUAAGCACUCCAUCGGAGGAAUAUUACUUGUACAACGUCUUGGAAGUUCAAAAGUCCACAGGCUUCGAUGAUCUUGGAGGUGUGAAAACUUCAAUGGCUGUUUGUCUUUUGGCUGUUUUCACCAUGGUUUAUUUUGCUCUCUGGAAAGGACCACAGUCUUCUGGAAAGAUUGUUUGGGUCACUGCUACUGCUCCAUAUGUGAUUUUAUCGAUUCUUUUGGUUAGAGGACUUCUUCUUCCUGGUGCUCAAAACGGUCUCUAUUAUUAUAUCACACCCGAUUUUGAAAAACUGAAGGACCCAGCUGUUUGGUCUGCAGCUGCCACUCAAAUCUUCUUUUCUCUUGGACCUGGAUUUGGAGUUCUUCUAGCACUCAGCAGUUACAAUGAUUUUAAUAAUAACUGUUAUCGCGAUGCUGUAACAACAUCCAUCAUCAAUUGUGCCACUUCAUUCUUCUCAGGAUGUGUUGUUUUUUCCACUCUUGGGUACAUGUCUUUGUUGACGAAUCGACCAAUUAAUGAGGUUGUUGGUGAACAUGAUGCAUCUCUCAUCUUCAUUGUUUAUCCACAAGCUCUCGCCACUAUGGAUUACAGUUGUUUCUGGUCUCUAAUCUUCUUUAUAAUGCUAAUCACUCUUGGAAUUGAUUCUACUUUCGCCGGAAUCGAAGCUUUUAUCACUGGAUUUUGCGACGAAUCUCGGUUUUUAACGAAAAAUCGAAAGUGGUUUGUGCUUGUGAUUUGCAUCAUUUACUACUUCCUCAGCUUCCCGGCUAUCAGCUAUGGUGGUCAAUUUGUAAUUCCAUUCUUGGAUGAGUACGGAGUCUCCUUGUCUGUUCUUUUCAUUGUUACUUGUGAGAUGAUCGCUGUUUGUUGGUUCUACGGAGUUGACCAAUUCUCAAAGGAUAUUCGUGCAAUGUUGGGAUUCUAUCCAGGCAUCUAUUGGCGUGUUUGUUGGACCUGCUCACCAGUUUUCAUCAGUUUGAUCUUCGUAAUGACCGUAUAUAACAGUUCUUUCAAACCGAUUCAAAUGGCUACCUACACUUUCCCAUGGUGGAGUGUGAUUUUGGGAUGGUUUCUUCGUUUGAUCUCUGUUCUUGCUAUUCCGGUAUUUGCCGUCAUUUACUUGCUCAGUGGCAAUGGAACUCUCGCCGAAAGAUUUAAAUGGGCAAUCACUCCACAACAACGUCGGAACUCUGCAACGUCUCUUGCCGCCGAUCCAACCCAAAUUAUUGAUAGUUCUCUUCUUGACCCUAUUCACACAUUGACACCAGUUUAA